AUGAUAACACGGACUGACGACAUCCAAAAGAUAAACAAGUUUUGGGAAUUAGAGGAGGUCCCGCAGACCCACCAACUAUCCAAAAACGACCUAUUAUGCGAAAACUACUACAAAGAAACUACAGUACGUAACGAGGACAGAACAUACACAGUAAGAUUACCGUUCAAAGAUCCUAAUGUGGAAUAUGGAAAUACUCGACAAAUAGCUGUAGCAAGAUUGAUGCAGUUAGAACGAAGGUUUGCUAUGGAUACUAAGUUGCAACAAAAAUACCAAGAAUUUUUAGAUGAAUAUCUAGAAAUGGGUCAUAUGAGGAAAGUACACAAAUCCGACUAUUACCAAGGCAAAUACUAUAUUCCUCAUCAGCCAGUAAUAAAAGAAGAGUCACUAACUACAAAACUAAGAACAGUAUUCGAUGCAUCAACCAAGUCUAGUACGAAAAUAAGCUUAAAUGACAACAUGUUAACUGGUCCCAGAACUCAACAAGAUUUAGUAAUAAUACUAUUACGAUGGCGAAUACAUAAAAUUGCGUUUAUGGCUGACAUAGAGAAAAUGUACCGCUUCAUCAAAGUCAACGACCUACGAGGGGCGUUCAAUGUAUUCUCGGUAUAG